GUCCGGCGCCCGCUCCGCCAUGGCCGAGACGAUCGCGGACACCCGGCGGCUGAUCAGCAAGCCCCAGAACCUCAACGACGCCUACGGGCCGCCCAGCAACUUCCUGGAGAUCGACGUGGGCAAUCCGCAGACGGUGGGGGUGGGCCGCGGCCGCUUCACCACCUACGAGAUCCGCGUCAAGACAAAUCUACCUAUCUUCAAAUUGAAAGAAUCUACAGUCAGAAGAAGAUAUAGUGACUUUGAAUGGCUAAGGAACGAACUAGAAAGAGAAAGCAAGGUUGUGGUACCACCUCUACCAGGAAAAGCUCUUCUCCGUCAGCUCCCCUUCCGAGGAGAUGAUGGUAUAUUUGAUGAUUCCUUUAUAGAGGAGAGGAAGCAGGCUCUUGAACAAUUCAUAAACAAAUGUGAGGUAUUAUCGGUUUGUGAUGAUGCAUAUUUUCUCUAAUCAUCCUGAGAAUCUUUCUGAAGAUUCUGAAGUAAAAACAGUACUCGAGGUAUGCACACAUAGUUUGAAAUAGACACUUUAGAUUUUUGUCCCCGCCUUUCAAAGGGUGAGCAGAAAUUAUAGUAACAAAGUCUUAUGAUUCUUUUUCCACUAUCUCACACUACUAACCACUGUCUGUACACUGACCUGAAUAGCUGGUUUAAUCUCUUUAACAGUGUGGAUCCAAACAGUGGGUAAGCGGUGUUGUCAAUUAACCAGCUCUUCUGGUCCCUAGAGUUAAUGCUGUUCAAACCAACUGGAUUUGGGACUGCUCCCUCAGGCAGUUCAAGCCUGUCAGUUACCCUGGCAUUCUAAUCUUGUUCAAUAGUAAUGCCUUUAACAGGAACAGAGGAUGCCUGUGAGCUACAGCAGAACUUACGAAAAUGUACUUGUCAGUUGCUUUUAGUUCAGGGAUGUGUCUUGGAGUUGCAAGUGACUGGUUCACUGAAACUGUUUGUCCUGUACAAGUGUGACCAUAUGAAAUCUCUGACAUUUUUCUUCUCAUAGUUGCUUCUUAACUAAUUUUAGAAGUAUUGCUAAUGGUUCUGAAUGGGUAAAAUGCUUCAGACUGCUGUUUUUGCUGUUCAAAGACAAGUGGAAUGAACUUCCAAGGCAUCCAGUAGUAAGAUGGAAUGUGUUUCGGGUUUUUUUAAUGCCAGAAAAUCAAGGCAGUCAUGACUGUAAAGUACAGCCUUCAUCCAUGCCGGCUUGGAACUCUAUCUUAAAUGGAGAAGAAACUGAAAGUUUUGUGUGCUGAGUCUAGCAGUAUGCAUGGAAGGUGGCUAUUGGUGUUCUGAAGGAGCUGAUGUGAAACAGACGUCUUACCCUGACUCUGAAAAGCUCCAUUUAGCUGACAGAAAUGAAAUUACUAGUUUAUUGGUAUCCAUUUUUCAGUCCUACUGAAAGUAAUAAGUUGAUUUGGUCGAAGUGUAAAACUUCUUAGUUAUUUUUUCCUCCUUUGAAACAUAAAAGGAGAUUAAUGUAGAUAUUGAUGUAGUGGCAGAUUUGAGUACAUCUGGAAUAAAGCUUUCCAGGCACAAAUCAUAGCAGUUUAACUCAUCAGUGUAUUCUAAUGGCAUGACCAACUCAUUAAGUAAAUAUUACUAAAGUUUUGAAUCAUGCAGGAGCUUUAAGGCUUCUGCCAAGUACUCUGGGCACUAGUGAAGGUCCUUUGCACAGUACAUUCACAUUAUUGCUUCUGGAAUUAAAGAGUCCCUCAGAUAACUGGUACCACUGGAACAGAAAAAUCUUAAUGCACUGAUGCUAGUUCUUCAUAUUUGGGAGUGUGAGAUGGAUGUUGUUGAGAAGUUUUGCCCCUCUAGACAUAAAAUCUGAAUCACAACAGUGCAGCUUGAGUCAACUCUCUUGGGCCAGUUUGCUGGCACCACCAUCCAUGCCACAUACAGUGACAUUCAUAAGGGCGGUUAUGUCUCAACACUCUUGUCUGCCUCAACCUGUCUUUGAGAUACAUGAAAAUUCUUGAAGUAGCAGCUGCUAUAUGUAAGGGUCACCUUGGAGAAAAAUAUUGAGGGAAAGCCAAUGCAGAGUGAAGUAUUCCUGUGAAACCAAGGGCUGAAUCAGAGAUCAGAUCUAGUCUUGCAAUUCAGCCACCAAUUUCAAUCCUUCCUGAAAGGAAGAAGUCAUUUGCUGCUCCCUCAUCCUCUGUUAUGUAUCUUUUCCUUGAAGUUUAACACCACUAACUUCAUUCUGAUGGGGUAGGAAACUCAAACUAGUUACUCUAGACUGUCAUCCUUGUGAACUAGUGCUUGAGACUGCUGGCCUUUUACAAGAACCUGGCAAGAUGGAUACGUUUUAUAACUGCACUUGAAAAAAUCCAUCAAUACUGAAUAGGAGAGCCCAGCUUCCUCAUUAUAGGUCACCCUCAAUGACAAGUGAGUAUGUUCUGUGGUGAAAUAAACACUAAUAGAUAAAUUUGGAGAAGAUGCACAGAAGUGCUUGGAAGUGGUGCUGAGCCAUUGGAGCUGAAUAUGUAUUGCAUGUGUUCAACCAGAUGCCUUCUAUUAUGAGUAGAAAUGUUCUGACAGAUACGGAGGCCACAGGGCUUGUACAAGCUGCCCUUGGGAUGGUGAGGGACUUUCUGUCCUAGAGUAAGAAGUCUGUCUUGAUUGACCAAACUGGAUGUAGUUUUUUUCAAACCAAACUGCAUUGGGUAUUCGUGUCCAUAAAUGAGGAACUUUUAGCUAUCUGGUUUUUUUUUAUUUUUACCUACACAGGAGUCUCCAUUUUAAGGGUUGAAGUGCAGUACCUUAUGAUUUUCUUCCGAGUUUGUGUCUCCUAAUUCAAUUCCAGCUCCUUUACUGUUAAAAGGAUGUUUUUUCAGUUUAAAUUAAAUCUACAGUAGAGGUGCUGGUGUCCCCUACAGCAGGCGAGCUCUGUGUCCUGUGUAUGCGAGCUAGCGCAUGUGCAAUGAGCAGAAGGGCCGGUACCCCCAGGCUGUGUGCAGUGCUGCCCAUACAGGCCAGGACACUGAGCCCGAGGAGUCUCUGGCUGGAGCAGCGCCCGAGCCUUCAGAAAGCCUUCACACCCCCUGCUGGAGCCAGGCUUCAGCUCUGCCACGAGCAGCUGCUGCUCAGUGACACUGACGACUCACAGGAUAAAUGGCCUUUAGAAGGGUGUCCCGUGGCAAAGGUGUUAAGACCUUUAAAAAAAAAAAAAUCCUGUUGCCUUUCUUAGCUCUAGAUUUCCUAAUGCUAGAAUGGACACUUGGAUAGUCCCAUCAAUUGCAGGUGACAGAUGAUGUAACAUGCUUCCAAGGGAUCAGAGGUAGCUCAGGGUUCCUAUGGACUAACUUCAUCUGGGGAAGCAUGAUAAAUCU